CUGGUGAGCCAGAUAAUGGUACUGACCUGGCUCAUCCCAACCUGUUUCCUUCUCAUUUCAACUCUGCUCUGCUUCCUAAUCUGGUUCAGCCAUGCAGCUGCACGAGCUCAAAGGUACAGGGCUGCAGACGGUUAGGCGCACGUGGCUCAGGAGAGGCGGGAUUGCAGCGGCAGCUCAGGAAGACUUAGUUCAGUUUAGACUCCUGUGGAAGUCUAACCUAACAGAAAAGCAACCUGACUGUAAAGUAAGUGGCUUUCUGUUGGGUUAAUGGACUCAGCCUUUGCAGCUGUGGGUCUGAAGCAGAUGGGAAUGCAGAAAGAGGAUUGAAGCAGUCUGCAACUAGACUGUCUUAGGUUGCUGAGGAAUUGCAACUUCAAUAUUCAUGGAAUUAUGCCUUUAGUUCCAUUGGAGUCCAGGCUAAAUAACAUUUCCCCCUCCUCACUCCAAAAGCUCAAACUACUCACUUAUUCUGAGUGGUAAACAGCUUUGUUUAAGGUGUUUUAAUGGAAAUAACUAAAAUUAGGUGAAUUUCUGUCUUCUGUGUUAGUUCUGUCACUAGUAGUUAGAACAGUAACUAGUUCAGAACAGAAAUAAAGGCGAGCUUUGCACAGGUGAAUUUGUUUUUUUCUGGUGUUUUGUUUUCUCUGUUUAUUUUUACAUCACAAUCUAAAUGGACUGCUUGUUUUGAAGGAAAUGCCCCAUAGUCUCUCAGUAUAAAGAGAAUUCACCAGCUGUCCUGCUGGAUUCUAAAUGUAACAAUUAAAAUCCUGAGGACUUGAUAGGAUUUUUUUCAUUCCUAUUGUCAGGAGGUUUGGAGUGAGAAGCAGGUUCAGAGGAAAUGUGUAAUAGCUACAGUUUUGCUAUGCUGUCAAUAUAUUUUUCAUUAAUUUGUUAACUUCAGCUGCCAUUUUUAGUAUUAAUUUUUUUGAUUCUUUUGCAAUGAAAGUGUAUUCAUAAAUUUGUUCAAAUCAUCUCUUCCUCCCAUUGAUAAUCAUUAACGCUGUUCCAGUUGUCCUAACCUUCUUUCCCUUCCCAUUAGAAAAUCAAUUCCUAAUUCAGUUUUCUUUGCAAUUCUUUUUUUACCAAUGAAGUUGCUCAAAUUAAUUCAAAUUAAAUAGAUACUUUCUUUUGGUGGCAAAUCAAAUGUUGUAAGGUUGAAGCAAAGAGCAGCUAUACAAACCUCCUGAGCAGAAUGUACCUCUUAGUCUGCGUAACUGAUGAGAAGAUGUCAGAUCUUGAUAAACGAGCAAAAGGUUUUGCAAAGAUUGAAGUUCUCCAACUCCCCUAGUGCCCUGCAAGAAGCACACCAGGGAUAUACUGCAUUGUGGCUGUUCGAGCAAAUUUCAUGAUAAUUAAGUACUGGCCUUAGAUGGAAGAGUCCUGCAAACAGGAAGAAAUGUGAACAGGAUAUGGGUAUUUCACAAGAGAAAACUUACUUGAACGUGAUCUAGUGCUCUGCCAGUACUACUGCUAGCACUGCACAUUUAUCACUUACUCUCUUUAGAACAAUGUAGGGGGGUUGACUUACUAAACCGUUACAGAAAUUUUUGCAAAUGAACCUCCAACUAUUCAAGCCAUGCUUAUGGAUAAAGUAGGAAAUGGCACGGUAACUAAGGUAACGUUCCCUUUUUGCUCUGUUGUGUUCCAGUACAGUAGAUAAAUUGUGUACCAUUGUACCAGCAGUCUUCGUAUCCACUUUUGUAUUUGCAGGGAGUUUCAAACAAACAGAAGCAGCAGCUACCAUUAAAGCAAAGAUGUGAGUAGAGAGGAGGAGAGCAGCAGCUCUCUUUUAAAGAUGUGGUUACCAGAUAAACUGGAAUUUUAAACACAAUUUUUUGCUUCAUCAUACUGAGGCUUAUCAUUGUAGAACAGCCUAAUUGUACUUUAGAUGUGAAAGAGAAACAGAAUUUGCUCAUAAAACUCUGUGUGUGAAAAUAUUGAGCUCUUUUUUUCCUUCUUUCAUCCAUCAAGAUCUUGCAGAACACUUUGAGAUCAGUCUUGGUUUUAUUUUAAAUUCAGUUUUGUUAACAACGUAUCUCUCUGGUAGCCUUUGUUUUAUAAUAUGAAAGCUUCAUAUCUAGGGUAUACCAAAGGGAUAUAGAAAUACAAAAACUGACUCUUUUGAGAAUACACCUCCCUUGGUUUUGCCUAGACUAGAAGGACAAGUGUUCUGAAUCUCUGCAGCAUUAGAGAAAGGUUUAAGAACGUACCAGAAGUUCAUGUAUUCUACUUUGCUGCACUCAAAAGCAGGAUCAAGUGCAUUUAUAUCACUCAUUAUGUUUGUCCAUUUUUAAAUUGGAGAGAAAGUUUGCAGUCUUGUUUUGUUUCACUAUGCUUAUUGUGAGAGGCUUUCAUUUAAUGUCUAACUUAAAUUCCUCCUACAUCAAGGAAGAUCACUUAACUACAGUGACUGUAGAAAAACUAAUUCUCUCCAUCUCUAUAAUUACUUUUUAAAACACUUGGAUACUCUGUCUAGACCCGUUCAUCACAAACUCCACCCCCUCAACCCCCCCCCCCCCCCCCAAAAAAAAAAAAGAGCACUUGGAUCAUAUUUUAAUUGAGUUGGUUUCUAGAUUGAUGAGAGAGUCUAAAGGAGACCAGGUUUUCAUUGUUCUUAAACUGAUAGAUCCACAAGUUACCACUUUAAAUCAGGCCCAGUCAUCAGUCAGUAAAUCCAAUUGAUUUCUUCAUGUAUCAAAUGGGUAAUAUUCCUCUUAUAUAUCCCAAUUAGUAUUUUCCCUUCAUCUAAUUUAAUGAUGCUCAGUACAGCUCUAACUUACCUUUGACAGUGUAUUAUUGUAGGGCAAUACAAUUUUUGCAGCCAGGUAAGCAUAUGCCUGAACAUUUUUGUUCCAAAUUUUCGUAAGCAAAUUAUGUAACUGAAAAGUCUCUUCUUUUGGAUGUACUUCUCUUUUGAGCAGAUAUCAGAUAGGAAAAUGUUGUAGAUCAGGUAAUUUAAAUACUGAAAGGUGGUGUACUGGUGCAAAUAGUAUUUGUGGAGAAGCACCAAUCUGGAGAUGGUACAAAUACAAUAUUGCUUACGUCUCUGAGCAUCACUCCCAGAGGUGCAGUAUCUAGGAGACAAAACGGUCCUUCAAAUAACACUUUGUGAAAAUACGUGUUCAAAUCCCUGGCGAUAAAGAAAAUGUCACUUACAGUGUUUUGUUGCUAAUACCUCAAUUCAAGGAAAAGGUUUAAAAAUUUUGUACUACUUUCUUAUGUUUCCAGGAUUAUGCAGCGAAGUUGUUUUUGUGUGACUAUGUUCUGGUUCUUAGUGAUGUGAUAGUUUUAAAUAUUUUUUGAGUUACUUAUUAUUGAACUUGCGUGGGUUUUGCAAUAUUGAAGUUUGACAAUGUUAGGUUUGAUUUUAGAUGGGUCAGUCUCUGGAAUGAAAGAGACACUGAAAUGAGCAUGCAAUGAGCAACUGCGUUCAGGAGCUGAACAAUUUGGUGACAUUGGUCUGUAACAGACCUAGGCUAGCAACCAUUUGUGAAGCACUUUAUGGGAAAGCUUGUAGAGCCUGAUAUUAAAAAAGCACAACUAAUAACGAGUGAAAGGUAUUUAUCUUAGUGGGAACCACCUUCUAAGACGGCUUGUGGAAGCCAAAGCCGUUGGAGACACUGCUCUCGACGCAGUAGUUUUCCACUGUGGAGCUGACCUCCAGUGUGGCAAUUCUUGGCAGAAACUCUCAACUUUUUCCCCUAAAAGGGGGGGGGAGGGGCAAAAUACCCAAUACUCUGUCUUAACAGGCGUUUAGCCCCUGUUAGCAGGGGGGAAGGAACAGCGGAGCGCGGUGGCCCAGCCGGGCUCCGAGGGGCCCCCCAGGCCCGGUGCCUGAGGCGCGGGCCCGGCGCUGCCGCCGCGGCCGCCUCCCAUUCGCGUCUUGCCCGGUGUCAUUUUAAGUUGCGGCCCUCAGCCAAUGGGGCCGCUGCCGCCCGCUGACAUCACCCGGCAGCCAGUUCCCUCCAGCUGCACAGCGCCUCAGUUUCUGCUUUUUUUUUUUUUUAAUAAAAAAAAAAAAAGACCUAAAAUGGAGGCCGGUUUCUCGCCGUAAGCAGCGGGCUGCCUCCCCCGGCGCAGCCCCGAUGUUGACAUGUAACCGGGCCGGCGGCAGGAUGGUGGUGGUGGACGCGGCCGGUCCCAACGGGCCCUUCCAGCCCCUGGCCCUGCUGCACAUCAGAGAUGUUCCUCCUGCUGAUCAAGAAAAGCUUUUUAUCCAGAAGUUACGACAAUGUUGUGUACUUUUUGACUUUGUUUCUGAUCCACUAAGUGACCUAAAGUGGAAGGAAGUAAAACGAGCAGCUUUAAGUGAAAUGGUAGAAUAUAUCACACACAAUCGCAAUGUGAUUACAGAACCUAUUUACCCUGAAGUAGUACAUAUGUUUGCAGUUAAUAUGUUUCGAACAUUACCACCAUCUUCCAAUCCAACGGGAGCAGAAUUUGAUCCAGAGGAAGAUGAACCAACUUUAGAAGCUGCGUGGCCUCAUCUACAGCUUGUUUAUGAAUUUUUCUUAAGGUUUUUAGAAUCUCCAGAUUUCCAACCUAAUAUAGCUAAGAAAUAUAUUGAUCAGAAAUUUGUAUUACAGCUUUUAGAGCUUUUUGACAGUGAAGAUCCUCGUGAAAGAGAUUUUCUCAAAACAACUCUUCACAGAAUAUACGGGAAAUUCUUAGGCCUGAGAGCUUACAUUCGGAAACAAAUUAAUAAUAUAUUUUAUAGGUUUAUUUAUGAAACAGAACAUCACAAUGGCAUAGCAGAAUUACUGGAAAUACUGGGAAGCAUAAUUAAUGGAUUUGCCUUACCAUUAAAAGAAGAGCACAAAAUAUUCUUAUUGAAGGUUUUGUUACCACUGCACAAAGUGAAAUCACUCAGUGUUUACCAUCCACAGCUGGCGUACUGUGUAGUUCAGUUUUUGGAAAAGGACAGCACACUUACAGAACCAGUUGUAAUGGCACUGCUGAAAUACUGGCCAAAGACUCACAGUCCAAAAGAAGUCAUGUUUUUAAAUGAACUAGAAGAAAUUUUAGAUGUUAUUGAACCAUCUGAAUUUGUAAAAGUUAUGGAGCCUCUCUUCAGACAGCUAGCCAAAUGUGUGUCCAGUCCACACUUUCAGGUGGCAGAGCGAGCAUUAUACUACUGGAAUAAUGAGUAUAUUAUGAGUUUAAUUAGUGAUAAUGCAGCAAAGAUUUUACCCAUCAUGUUUCCAUCCUUGUACCGGAAUUCAAAGACACAUUGGAACAAGACAAUACAUGGCUUGAUAUACAAUGCUCUGAAACUCUUCAUGGAGAUGAACCAAAAACUGUUCGAUGACUGCACACAGCAAUUUAAAGCAGAAAAACUGAAAGAGAAGCUAAAAUUGAAGGAACGGGAAGAAGCAUGGGUUAAAAUAGAAAAUCUAGCCAAAUCAAAUCCCCAGUACCCAACAUAUAGUGACACGAGUUUGAUGAACAGUCCUGUUGCAAUGGAAACAGAUGGGCCUUUAAUUGAAGAUUUGCAGAUGCUGAAAAAGACAGUGAAAGAAGAGGCUUGUCAGGCACAGAAAGAUCAGAAAAAAGAUCGUCCUCUUGUGCGACGCAAGUCAGAACUGCCUCAGGAUAUCUAUACCAUGAAAGCCUUGGAAUCACAUUGCAGAGCUGAUGAAUUAAUAUCACAUGAUGGGCAUUAAACUAUUUACAGUGAAAUAUUAUUUUGAAGGAAAAGUUGUUUGUUUUUUUUCUGGACUCAGUUCUACAGUAGAACUUACUUUUUUGUGCCAUACCAAUCAGUUACACACAAAGUCAAAGCUUUCUUCAACCCAGUUCUGUAGGCAAUAACUUAAUAGAGUAUGCAGCUCAAGAUUAGUAGUUCAAACAAUGGUAAAUUACCCAAUUCCAAAUGCAGAAUGUCGGGUUGACUAUAAUCAAGUGGACACAAUUUCCUGGAGGUGUUACCAUAGUACCAGCUAGCUGAUAACGUAGUUUUUUAUCUUCAUAUUUGAGAAGAGCAUUCUAUAAACUAUUUCCACCUAAAAAAAUGAAUGACCAAUGGUUGGUACUAAUGAUAAAUGUGUAUUUUCAAAAGCAAAAUUAUUUCAAAUUUAAUAAUUAAACUUUUUGUAGGAUUUCUCAACUUUAUAGUUGUUUCCACGUUAUUGCUGUCUUGUAAUAUACCAGCAGUUUUGAAAAUACACAAUUAUUCUUUCAUACUAUAAAACAUGGCUUACAAACUGGUAACUUUCAUGACAAUCCUCAAUCAUGAUUCCUUUCUAAGAAUUAUGUAAUUUUUUUCUCCUUUACUUAGGAUGAAGAUACAGAUCUAUAUAUUCCAUGUCCUAAUACUUUAUGUAUAUUUAAAGCCAUAUUUUCCAGUCUCUGGUAUAUAAUACGGCACCAGUAUUUGAGAUGUGAACUGGUAGAAUAAUUUUUCCUAAAAUGAAAAUUUUGUUUAUGAUGACUGGGAAUAGACUGAAUAUAAAAUUUCAUUUUAAUUUUUUUCAAGUCAAUAAAAUACUCUUUCACUGUUUUCUCCCUUAUCUGAGCUUUUAAUACUCAGCAUUUUUCUUGGGCUCUAGGAGUUCAGUAUUCCAUGGCAGAUAUUGUGUGUCAUUUCAGCUGCAUCAGUUUUUAUCUGAAAGAUGAACACAGCCUUUCAGGAAACAAACCAUUACAAGCUUGUGUAAUUAAGUAAAAUUAGGAAAAGAACAGAACCUUGAAUUCCAUUCUGCUUCUUUUUUAAGAGUCUAAGAGCUGAGGGGAUAGUGACCAUAAUUUUACCGUGAAAAUAUUUUUUUGUUGUAGUUGUAAAGAGCAUAUUUGCUGCAAAUACACCUCACAAGUGAACUGAAAAUGCAUCUGAAUUGCUGAUGAUCUUCAAAUGCUGCUAUAUAUUCCACAAGAUUACUUGCAUGUAAUGAGCUUUUUGUUGUAGAUGGAAAAGCACGGGAGGAAAAUCUCUUUUAAAAUAUAGUGCUUUGUCUUCAAUAUUUGAUUUCUCUCAGGGUGGCCAGUAUUUUGACUUACUUAUCCUGCUUACAAGCUGUUUGAAAUGUGUUCUGCUAUUCUAAGUGGGUGGUUAGUUUCUUUUGUCUCUGGCAGUAACAUGAUAUAACUAUGUUUAAUGUCUUGAUGCAUAAAGAGAUAAAAACGUGGCUUCUUUAAAAAUAGUUUUGUUUUAUUUUUUAAGGAAGUAUAACGUCUCCUGCAUCCAUGAAAAUAUUGCGCAAAGCAGACAUUCAUAGUAACCUUGUGCAGAUGUAGUGCCUGCUGUUUGUUGGUUGCAUUUAACAUACAAUUUCCAAUAUUUGUUACGUUGUCUAUUGGAAGAAAAUUGUUGGUGGUAAACAUUGGCUUACAACAACUAAAUUUAAAGACCAACCCAACCUUUAAGUGGAACAUCCACUGCGUCUGAAAACAUUUCCUGUAAAACUUGAAAAAGAAUAUGCUUUACCAUUAGGAUAAACUAUAUUAAAAGAAGUUUAAAGAUGCCUUCUCCUUUUGAGGGAAAAAGGGUGCUUUUUUAAUUGUGUAAAGCAAUGUCUAUGUAUUUUGAUAUACCAUUGUUUGAACUUCCAUCUUUAGCUGGUAGAUUAUCAGUUACCUUUGAUUUUGGGUGUUCGGUAUGUUUGUGCAAGAGGUUGCUGAAAGGAAUUAUUCUUAUGUUACCCAAGGGAAAAAGAAAAUGUAUAUCAAUGUUUGAUUGAUUGUGUGAUGCUCAACGUAUAAGAACAUCUUUCACUGUCUAGAUUUAAUUUCUGUUCUUUAUUGAAGAUAAACACUCACCAAAAAGGGAAAUGUUUAGAGACUUAAAUUUCACCAUAAAUUCGUAUUUGAAGUUUGGGCCACUGGACAUUUGUUUAGGCAUAUUCCAAAUCUAUUACCACUAAUGGUUUAGGAUGUUUAUUAUCAAUAUUUAUAUAACUAUAACCCUUUACUAAACCAUUCUAAAACUAAUACGUGCAAAAUAAAAAGUAGAAUUUUGGUGACUGUUGUUCUUCAUAAAGUUCUGUGUUUGACACCUUUUCCUGUUCUCCAAAAUUACACCUGUACAUCAGGAAUGUCAAAAGUAAUAUUACAAGUGUCUUUUUAGUGUGGCUUUAGUAUGGCUUCAUUUUAAUAUUGUACAUACAUUGUACCUUGUUUUAUGGUAAUAAGUAAUAAAAAUGUAGACUUCAUAUUUUGUACAGAAUCGUCCUAUGUACAGAAUAAAAAGUUCCUAGAAACAGCAAAAAUAGGUAAGUGGAACAAUUAUUUUUCAUUAGACAAUUUCUGUAACACUGUUAGUGGAAUGUUAAGUUCAAAUGUACCUACAUAUUUUUUAACAUUUUGUAAUUCAAUUUUUUGUUCUGGCAUUGUUUCUGAAGAACUUCAUACACCUGCCAUUUAAUAUGCUUUUAUCUAAUUUUAAAACAAAACAACAAAAAAAUGGUGUAUUAUAUGGACAAAUAAAGAACAUGUGAAUUU